AUGAAAUCAAUAAACCUCUUUAGGGGGUACGCCUCACAUGGACUAUUACCGCGUACAGAUAUAAUUGAGGCAACUUCGGAGGUUCUGCUACCAGAAGUGCGUGAAUAUGACUAUAACGAUGAGGACAGGCAUCCACUUGUUUAUGGAUCCGAUAACGGCAGCGCGUGGGUUCGCGCUUGCAUUGCUGAGUUUUCUAACAGAGCCUUUAAACUGCCGGUAAGUAGUAACGCUGCUACGCGGCCUGAGCACCUAAACCUGACUUCUGGUGCAAGUUAUGGGAUAAUGAAUAUUUUGCUGCAAACAACUUUGCCACAUACAGGCUAUACAAAGCAGGCGUUCAUAGUAACGCCAACCUACUUCCUUGUUAACAAGGCUUUUCUCGACGCUGGUUUCACGGGAAAGAUCACCGCAGUUGAAGAAAAGGGUGAUGGUCUCGACUUAGCGUUUUUGGAGGCCAAGCUUAAGUCAUGCGAGAAUUCAUCUAAUGGAGAGAGUGGACAAAAAGCUGAGGAGUCGCUCAGGAUUAUAAAUGCGCAAGAUGGUAAAAAAAAGAUAUACAGAUAUGUCAUCUACCUUGUGCCGACAUACUCCAACCCAACGGGUGCAAUCUAUUCGAGAAGCUCUCGAUUAAAACUCCUUGAGCUUGCGCGAAAGUACGACAUUCUAAUCAUUUCAGAUGAUGUAUAUGAUCUAUUGCGGCUGGACGACGAUAAUGGUAGCGGCGCGCUCAUCCCUAGUCCCCCAGAAUUACGGUUCCCUCACCUUGAUAGAGAAAGUAUUUCUGCGGCAAACACGUUCGGUAACACUAUUUCCAAUUGCACCUUCUCCAAAAUAAUAGCUCCGGGUUUGAGGACAGGAUAUCAAGAGACAGCAAACGCUAAGUUAGCUACACAACUUGCAUCUGGCGGCGCAAAUGCAUCUGGGGGUACGCCGUGUCAACUAAAUUCAAUGAUUGUCGCUACUAUGAUAAAAAAUGGAGCUGUCGAGCGGAUAGUUCACAAUUUUGUUUCUGUGUUAAGAGAGAGGGCAAGGGUUCUUGCUAAAUCAAUAAAACUCUACCUUCCCAAAGGGACGCAGUACUCGGAAUGUAAGGGCGGGUAUUUCUCGUGGUGCACGCUCCCUGUUGGUUAUGAUUCUUCAAAGAUUGUCGAAGAAGUAAGCAGCGAGGGGGUCUUGUUAGCAGAUGGCUCGCACUUUGAAGUUUCAGGUGACAGAAGAAAUUGGGGCGAGCGAAGUGUGAGGCUUUCAAUAAGCUAUGCGACAGCAGCUGAAAUCGAAGAAGCUGUUAAGAUAUGGGGCAUUGCCUGCCAAAAACACAGAGUCCUUGAUUGCGAACAAGCUGAUAUAGCAAUAGGGCAUGCGUCGUCGCUUUUAAAAUCAAGACGGAAGAAACAGAGCCAAUUGUAG